AUGAAGAGAUGAAGAAGGGAGAUGAGCCAUCUUCUAUGGGUGGGCAGGAUAAAUCAUCUUCUGCUGCUAUUUCUUACCUACCCAAGACAAGUGAUGUUCCACCUAAGCAAGCACAUGCUGCUUCUCUGCCUGUUCUGAGAGUUGGAGCAAUAAAUGUACCCUAUUCAAAUGUUCUGUUUCGGUCUGAAAGAAAGGUUAUCAAUAUUGUACCUCGAAGGCUAUGGGGAGAUUAUGCUGAGGAUGAUGAAGAUAGCCUGCCAUCACCACUACCUAGCCUGAAACAGUCCGGUAUCGAGGUUUUAGUUGAUUCUACUACUAUGGCUGUCAAGAAUGAUACAACUACAAUAGAUAAUAUUUCUGCAUCAGUUCGUCCUCAAAGUGAGGUGCGCACUGGUCGGCUUUUUAUGAAGGAACUGGAGACAUUUUCUGCAGCUCCUAAUAAUGCUCAGGCUAAGGAGCGGCUGCGUGAUGAUUCUGCGGCGGAAGUUCAGCAGAUGGACGAACGCGCGGAUUCCGGCGCACGCACCCCUGCGCCUCUCUCUGAUGUCUCUCCCAUGAGGAAUGUGUCUACCUUUUCUGCAUCAGGUGGAUCACACGGUGCUUAUGGUGCAGAACCUGUUUCUGCGCUUCCCAGUGAUGACACUAAUAUUAUGAGCAAUGCCGCUCAAUCAAAGGCCGCUAAGAUGCCUGGAAUGGUUUCAAAAAGUGUGGGUACUGGAGUUUAUCUUGGAGCUCGAUAUUCAAUGGAGGACGUGGUGAAUUUUGGUGGUAUUCCAGCUAAGGCGGCGGAAGUCCGUUCUAGUGAACGGAUUCGCCUUCAACCAAACGCUGACGCUCCGCAGAUGGAACGUGCUCAGACGUUGACUCAAGCUAAAAAGGCUGGUUCGAUUUCAGGUUAUCCCUUUAGCUACUCAUUGGAUCCAUAUGUGGUCUUAUCUCCAGCCAGAAGAGGAGCGCCAUGCUAUGGAUACUGGGUGCAACCGACUGGCAACGGUAGCACGGGAUUUUUACAGCCGGUGCGGUUGGCGUGCUGAUCGUCGUUUGACAUGUUGAUGCAAAUGCGCUUCAUGUUACAUUUUUUUAGAUGGCUUAUUUUUGUUGAGACUUUAAGUGAUCCAUGAAUUGUAAUAAGUUUUGACGAUGCUGGUUGUAAGACUGUUUUGAUUCUAAUAAAAGAAGCCGUAUGCAUCGCUUGAUGCGGAGGCUGGGGAUAUACCCCAUUUCGAAAA